CCACGAGAGGAAACAGCGGCAGCGUGCGGCGGCGGCAGCGGCGGCGGCGCGGCAGCAGCGGGUUCCGACGGCACGACAGAGAACAGCCAAGUGGACGCCGCGGCUCACAGGACUCCAUGGAGGACUCGAGCCUGGACGCGUGGAAGCCGUCGGUGUACUGGGUCAUGUUUUACCUCACCAUCGCCAGCGUGAUCGUCGCCUUCCUGGGGCGGUGAUGUUCAUGGAGGUCGAGCAAUGGAAUUACUCCGAUUCUCUCUAUUUCUGCUUCAUCUUUUUGCUACAAUUGGCUUCGGAGAUUUCGUGUCUGCACAGCAACCGAACGACUUCUACGGCCCUGGUUUGCACGCCUACCGCUUCUUCAACUUUGCAAUCCUGGUUGUGGGUUGCUGUUGCAUAUACUCUCUCUUCAAUGUUAUCUCAAUUACCAUCAAGCAAUUCCUUAAUUGUAUCAUUAAGCGGUCCGUCACCUGCUGCUCGAGAGGCAACUGCACCAACGCACAGAGAAGAAAUACAGUGUCUCCUUCUCGACUUCACAAGCAUUCUAUUAAGAGAGUCGAGGGUGAUAUCGACUCAGUCUAUGGCUCUGAGACGGAGAGGAAGCUGUCGGGGGAAAUGGUGUCCAUGAGAGAGUAUAUUUCGACGAAUAAGGUGUCCUCGCCGUCAUGCAGAAGCAGCUGUACGAGACCGCCCAGCUGGGUCGUGGCCACGCCUCCUCGCCCACCCAGCCCCCCCACGACGAGAGGUUCACGCCCGGGCAGGUCGGACCGCUGGCCAUCGCCUCCUCCAAGUUGUGUGAUAGCAUGUCUUAGCCGGAGAAGGGAAGAGGAAUAAAUGGGGUG